CAAAGAGCGGAAUUGCAUUCUGUAGUGUCUAAACUACAUAAAUUCUCUUUUUCUUUGAAAGUCCUCAUUUACCACUUGACCUGAUUUUGAGUGUAUCCCAGUGUAUCAGAACAGCGACGCCACUGCUGGGUUUUAUAUUGCAGUUUCAUACACAUUUCUGAUACACACGGUGCAUUUUGGCGGGCUGUCUUGUGAUUGGCUGGUUUACGCGCGUGGGCGGGGCCAAACGGAGGUCGACUGGAAGCUCCGCCCAGACAUGCCCGGAGCAUGGCCCAGAGACGUUUUUGUUUAAAACUUAAAUGGACCACACCUGGGAAGCGGCAUCUAGACGUCAUGGACUUACUAGAGGAUUAAAUACAUACAGGCUGUGGCACCUGUAAACAGUAAACAUGCAGCGGCGUAGACGCAUUAAUCCAAAGGAUGAUGCAAGAUUUUAUGUUACUGCUGAAAGUGACAAAGUGGGACUUGACAUCAAGUACAUCAAUGCUGUAAAAGGCCGUGGCAUCUUCACCUCUGUUCCAUUUGAAAAGGGAGACUUUCUAUUGGAAUACAGAGGUGAUCUAAUAAGCAAGCAAGAAUGUGAGAGGAGACGGAGCAUUUACCAUGACCUCCUCAAAGUGUUUAUGUUCGAGUUCCAUUUUAAUGGAAAACUGUGGUGUGUUGAUGCAGCAACAGAGAAUGGGUCACUUGGCAGACUUGUAAAUGACGACCAUAUGAACCCUAAUGCCAAGAUGAAGUACCUCACUGUGCAAGGGAAGCCCCAUCUCUGUUUGUUUGCAGUUCGAGACAUAAGUCCAGGAGAGGAGAUCACCUAUAAUUAUGGUGACUCAGACUGGCCGUGGAGAUGCAAGGUGGUCGAAAUUUGACAUUUUGAAAUUGAUAGUUCUCAUAUAAGAAAUGCUUUAACCAUAGAACAUUUCACAUACCAAAAUACUGUACAUUUUCCAUCUAGCUCCAGGUAGAACAUGAUUUUUAUAGCUUUUGUUAGCAGUUUGUUAGCACCAUCAGUCCCCAUACCACCUACCCAGCACACCAUAGCAAAGAUGAUACUGACCAUUACAGACUGGUAGAAUAAAAACAAUGA